AUGUCGGAGGCUCUAGAUUUCUCGGACAACAUCGAAAGUGAUUCUUCCCCAUCACCGCUGCUUGGUGGAGCCAGUCAGCAGUCUAGUGAGUAUGCCAGCCCUUCAACUUCAUACGGGACGUACCAGCGCAUGGUCGAAGUGCGGUUACCGGAGACGGUCGAGCUCAGUGGCUCGAGUCACGGUCCGUUCAAAAAGUUCGGGUGCCAUUUCGAUCCUGGGGCGAAGAGCGGUCGAGUUCUGAUGAUGGUCUUCGAUCGAAAGGGGAGACCAACGUUGAAGGAAAUGAGUCGUCAUGAGGUACUACGAAUGACCCAGGAGGCUGCAGAACCAAAGGAAGAGGUUAAGCGUGAAGAGAAUGCAACGCCGGAAAUGGAGAAAAUGUCACCGCCUCCAAUGCGCAGACGCAGUAGCAGUUCUACUGCUGGGAAGAUUUGGAAACUUGGUCAGCAGAAUCGACAAGCAAGUCAACUAGAACUGCACGCUGUCGGUGUUCAGCGCGUUCACUCCCGAGAUAUUCGCAAAAUGGAGAAUGCGUUCUCAGUGACGAAUGAGCCUCGUAUUGUCACUCGAAAACAAGCAAUUCUGAUCAGCGCUGAUCCAUUGCGCGCUAUUGUGCUGCGAGAUGUGUGUCUCGUGUACGUCCCGGACGGAGCGGAUGCCCUCUUGUCCGUCUUGAAGUCGAAAUUUGCUGAGACUGCGCGUGACGAUGAUGCUCCGUUUGAAUUCAGAGCUUUGGAGGCAUUACUGGCAACGCUUUCACGCUACUUUCAGUCCCAGUUCGAUCAACUAUCUCCUGUAGUUGUCAGUGCUCUCGAUGGGCUGAUGCAGGGCGGUCUGAACGCACGAGAACUCGAGAAACUGCGGGAGUUCAAGAACACCAUCAACGAGUUCGAGACUCAAGUGGACGGUGUGCGUCGCGCGUUGAUGGUGCUCCUAGACAACGAAGAAGAUCUUCGUCUGCUAUAUCUCACGAGAUUGUAUAACGAGCCCAAUCUGCUGUCGGAUCUUUGGAGUAUCGACUCGGAGGAGAUCGAGGUGCUGAUUGAGAACUAUCUCCAAGACAUUUUCUCCACGCGUACCAAGGCUGAAUUGAUGCAGCAUCGUAUCUCGAACACGGAGAGUCUCGUCAUGAUGCAGCUCGACUCGAUGCGAAACUAUCUGCUUGGUGUAGACCUCAUCUUCUCCAUUGUGGUCAUCAGUUUGUCCAUCGGCACGUUCAUCGCUGGCGUCUUCGGGAUGAACCUACAUUCCGGACUCGAAACUGCAGAUGGCUGGUUCCUGGGCGUCGUCAUAGUCACUAUCGCACUCUUCCUCGUCAUGACCACCACUGGCAUCCUCUACUUUAAAAGCAAAGGCGUCCUACUGCAGUAA